AUGGAAUUUCUCUCAUCGGAAAAGAAACACAGCUUCAACCGACCUCUCGUGGGAGCCACUGUUCUGGUAGUUGUCUUGGUGUGGUUUUUGGUGAUCCAUUUCACUUCUCCCCUGAGAACGUUUCCUGGACCAUUCUGGGCGAGGUGGACAAAUAUUUGGAGACUGUAUCAAGUUUCGACUGAUAAGUACCAGUGGACCAUCAAGAGGCUCCAUGAGAAAUAUGGCCCAGUGGUCCGUAUCGGCCCAAAUCUACUAGAUCUAGACUAUCCAGAGUUGAUCCAGACUUUGUAUAGCACCGAUGGCAAGUGGAACAAGACCGAGUUUUAUCAAAGCCUCAGCGUUGUUGUCGAUGGAAAAAUAACCCACGACGUGUUCAGUACGUCGAAUCAAGCCGAACAUGCCCGCAUGAAGCGGCCGAUCGUUAAGUACUACUCGAUGAGCAGCGUUCUCAAACUAGAAACGCGUGCCAACGACGUUCUUAGCGACCUAUGCAGACAUCUAGAGCAUCGCUUCAUGGACGGGGAAAACGAGGGCAAAGAUUGCAACUUCGGAGAAUGGAUUGCUUUUUACACCUGGGACUUCAUCAGCGCUGCGACCCUUAGCACCCGAUUUGGUUUCAUGGAAAAGGCCGAUGACGUGGAUGACACUAUCCGAAUUUCCGACAAAGGAAUACAUUAUUUUGCCAUGGUCGGCCAGAUGCCCUUUUUGGAUUUCCUCCUAGCCAAGAACCCGAUAAAGCGGAUCGGUCCACCAAAUCUGCAGAAUGCCAAUCGCAUCGCUCUCGAGCAUAUGUUUGGGCGAUUCAAAGAGGAUCUCGACAGUAAAGAAGUCGAGACGCGUGAUUUUCUGGACCACUUCAUUGAGGCGAAGAAGAUGGCUCCUGACUCAGUGGACGAGAACCUCAUUAUGUGCUCCCUUUUGGUGAACUUGAUCGCUGGGGCUGACACGACCGCAACCACUCUUCGUGCCAUAUUCCAUUUCUUGAUGACAAAUCCCCACACUUUGAAAAAGCUCGAGCAAGAGGUCCUCGCUGCCAACUUCGAGCCCGAAGGCGUGGUACCAUACAGCUCAGCUCGUGCGCUGCCCUAUCUCGAUGCUGUCAUUCGCGAGUCCAUGCGGAUGCACCCAGCCGUGUGUAUGCCUCUGGAGCGCUAUGUGCCCGACUCUGGACUCACACUACCCGACGGCAGCUUUGUGCCUUCUGGCACGGCUGUUGGCAUCAACCCGUACAUUGUGGGCAGGAACGAAGGCGUAUGGGGUCCAGACGCCAACGAAUUCCUCCCUGAGCGCUGGCUGAAGAAUGACGGUGAAGACAAUGACACUUACAAACGACGUUUGCGCCAGAUGAAUGCUGCCGACCUCGCCUUUGGCGGGGGUUCCCGGAUCUGCCUCGGUCGCAACGUGGCCUUGUUGGAAAUUUACAAAGUUGUCGCCACGCUGGUGUUGCGCUACAAGAUCCUGCCGUCCAAGGUACCCAAAGAGUUUGUAAUCUUCUCCUCCUGGUUUUCUCGCCAGUUGGGGUUGGUCUGCAGACUCGAAAAACGCCAGGUGACGUGA